AUGGGUUCCACCAACGCCACAUCCUUCCCCAUCGAGUCUCUCCCCGAUGCCUCCUCGCCCCUCCUAAUUCUCACCCACCCAACGCCCGCGGAGCGCACCCACACCUGGAAGCUGACCUAUCCCAAGUGGGGUCCAGCCCUAACCGAGGAGGACUACCUGACCCGCGAGGACUACCUCACCACCGUGCCGCUCGCGCGCGAUGGGGGCAUCACGCACUGGGUCCUGACCGUCUCCAAUCUCCCGCCAGACCAGCGGCCCAUCCUCUCGUCGUGCGAGAGCCUGCGCAAGCGGGCCGUCUACGUCCCCAAGGAUGGAGGAGGCGGCAGCCGCAAAGUGGUGGAGGGCGUGGCGCACGGCAUCGCCAGCGUGUUCACCGACCCGGCGUUCCGCGGGCGGGGCUACGCGAGCCGGAUGAUGAAGGAGCUCGGGCAGCGGCUCAAGGGGUGGCAGGUAGCGGUGGAGAAGAGCCGCUCGCUCUUCUCGGUGCUGUACAGCGAUAUCGGCAAGCAGUUCUAUGCGAAGCACGGGUGGUCGCCGUUCGAGAGCAGCCAUGUUGCCUACAAGCCUGCAGUCGCCGCCGAUGUCCGGGAGCAUCUGGCGAGGCCGAUUGGGUAUCACGACCUCGCGGAGCUGUGUGCCGUGGAUGAGCGGCUGCUGCGGGCGGAACUGGCCGCGCGCCCGGCGGGCAAGCCGCAUGUGGCGAUCCUGCCGGAGCUGGACACUAUGCUGUGGCAUCUCUUCCGCGAGGACUUCAUGACCAAGGCCAUCUUCGGGCGCACGCCGGCCAUCAGGGGCGCCGUGGCGGGUGAGCCGGGAAAGAGGGUCUGGGCGGUCUGGAUGCGCGGGUAUUACGGCGGGCUGAACAAGAUGGAGGGCAACACGCUACAUAUUCUCCGGGUUGUGGUAGAGGACAAGGAGCAGCCUGACGGGGAGUUGCUGGACGGAUUCCGGUCGAUCGUGCAGAUCGCGCAAGCGGAGGCAACCGAGUGGAAGACGCAGGAUGUGCAGGUAUGGAACCCGACGCCGAAGAUCAGGGGAUUGGUCGAGAAAUGCGGCAUCGAGUACGAGUUUGUCGACCGCGAUCACGACAGCAUCGCCAGUCUGAUGUGGUAUGGCGAGGAGCCGACUACCGAGGUGGACUGGGUUGCGAACGAGAAGUAUGCUUGGUGCUGA